CACCUAUCGACAAUUUUUCUAAGACAAACACCAUUCCACACGUGGAGACAAAAUCAUAAAUUUCACAGAUCACGUCAAAGACAGAUGCCAUGUUCAAGUGUGGCCUCUUGAUACUGACUUCGCCUCUCUCAAAGAUCCCACAAUGCAUCAGUGCACUACUGUCUGCAUCAAUGAAAUACGUCAGCGAGACACUGUAUAUACACAUAGAGCCUGGAUGGAAGGGCGGGCCAAGUCUAGCCAAUCAAAAAUUUGGAUCUUUUCAGUGCAGACCUACAGUUUUGAUUCGUAAUGUUACAACUGGUGUGUAUGCCAAUGCUGCCUCCACGUGCGGUCAGCUUGACGUGCGGGUUUUACUGAGUUCCUUUACUGCCAAACAGGCACCCCAUUCUCAACAAACAUUAAGACGAGCAUAUGACAUCAUUCUCACAGAUCAUAAGCUCCAUGCAGGAUUUGCUGAACAAGUGCUUGAAAAAUACCCACUAGCCAUCAUCCCCAAUGUUCAAGUCCUGGAGGCAAAUACCUCAUUGGGUGGAUGUCAUACAGAGAGUGGUGAUACUCUCAGCACUGAAGACGUACCACUUGGGACCUACGACUAUAUUGCACUUGGAGGUACAUUUGACAGAUUCCAUGGUGGACACAAAAUCCUCCUCUCGGAAGCCUGCCUGAUUUGUGAUAGAUUCCUCACUGUUGGAGUGACGGAUGGAGACAUGAAUGCCA